AUAAAAUAGAGUGAAAAUAAAGUGAAAGUGUGAAUGGAUCAUAACAAUCAAAAUUAUAUUAUAUCAAUAUAUUAAAGAAGUGACACAUAAAAUGAAACAAGCUCCCUAGUGGGUCUAAGUUAAUCUCUUUAUCAUGACACUUAUAUCCUAGUCGAUAGUCUAGAGUUAUUUUCUCUCUAUUAUAUCGUUUUUUUUUUUUUUUUUUUAAAGCUAUUAUAUACAUGUACAGUGGCAUUGAGACUGGUGUUUUAAAUAGCUGCCGGGUAAUUCUCCCUCCUCUCACACACAACACAAUCUCAUUUGAGAAGAGAAAAGAAACACAGCAGUGAUGAUGAUGAUGAGAGGAAUGCAAUAUUGCAGAGCAGAGGCAGAGAGGAAUGAGAUCUAAGCCUACCUAUAAAGUAACCAAAGCCACCCUCAUUCAUUAAGGCAAUAACAAAAGCUUCCCCCUCUUCAAAACUUCAAUGCAAUGCACAAUGCAAAUGCAAUCCCUUUCCUCCCUCCCAUUUCCAAUACAACAUCAACAACAACAGCAAUAGCAAUAGCUAUUUAACCUCUCUAGCUAGCUAUUGCAAUCACAAACCAGAAUGAAUUGAAUUUGGCUAGCUGGCAUACACAACAUUGAGAUGCCAUUUUCCCAACAACAGAAACAGAACAGACAGAGUGAGAGUUCCAUUCCCAUUCCCACUUUCACAAUUCCCUUCCAUAACCAUUGAUUCAUUCAGAAAACAGAAAACAGAAAACAGAAAACCAAACCCACUCACUCUCUCUCACUCACUGCCAGCUCAGAAAGGUACACACACGCACACGCCAUCUGUGUACCCAAACCCACGCACGCACUUUCUGCCUUUUCUUCAAUUCCUCUGUCUCUCCCUCUUCCCUUCCCUUCCCUUCCCUUCCGUAUAUUGAUUCCCUUUCACUCUCUUUCUUCUUCUUCCUAUGAGACUUUCCUCUCUCUCACCUCACCCCCACCACCACCACCACUACACCACACACUACCAUUACCAUUACCACCACCCCUCUUCACUCGCCAUGGACGGCCACCGCCGCAAAGACAAGGUGGUUGUCAUCAUGGGCGCCACCGGCUCCGGCAAAUCCCGCCUCUCCAUCGACCUCGCCACCCUCUUCCCCUUCUCAGAGAUCAUCAACUCCGAUAAAAUGCAAGUCUACAAAGGACUCGACACCACCACCAACAAGAUCCCACCUCACCAACGCAACAACGUCCCCCACCACCUCCUCGGCGACGUCGACCCUUCUCUCGGUGAUUUCACCCCCUCCGACUUCCGCCGCCGCGCCGGUGACCUCAUCUCCGACAUCACCCGCCGCAGAAAGCUCCCCAUCCUCGUCGGCGGCUCCAACUCCUUCGUCCACGCCCUCCUUGUCGACCGAUUCGACCCCGAGUCCAACGUCUUCCGCGACGAUUCACCCUCGCCGGUUUCCUCCGAGUUGAGAUACCGGUGCUGCUUCCUCUGGAUGGACAUUGCGUUCCCCGUGCUGUCGGAGUAUUUGCUGAAGCGAGUCGACGACAUGCUUGACUCGGGAAUGGUGGACGAGUUGGCUCAGUUCUUCGACUCGGACACAGCGAACCAGACCGGGUUGAGAAAAGCCAUCGGUGUACCCGAGUUCGACCGGUUUUUCAAGGAUCCGGUGCGGGAGGGUGCAGCGUACGAGGAAGCGGUGAGGGCGAUUAAGGAGAACACGUGUCAGCUAGCGAAGAGGCAGAUUGGGAAGAUCAUGCGGUUAAAAAGAGCAGGGUGGGACCUACGGAGGAUCGACGCCACGGAAGCGUUCCGGGUGGCGCUUGUGGCAGACGGCGGCGGAGAGAUAUUUUCCGAUGAAUGGAAGAGGCAAGUGUUGGAACCAAGCGUGAAGAUUGUGAAGCGGUUCUUGAUGGAGUAGGUUUGGGUUUUCCAGCUAAAUCCAGCUAUUCCACUUCCUCUUUAAAUUUUUCUUUUUUUUUUCUUCUUCUCUUUUUUUGCGUUUAUUUCACCCCCAAAUAAGACAAAAAAUGAAAGUGGGAAAUUGGGGGGAAAAUGUACAAAAAUGGGAGUGGAAAUUGUUAAUUUGAAUCCACUAGUUUGGUUGAGUGAGUGAUUUCAGAGAGGGAAUGAGCAUGGAUCAUUAAAUUUUUGGUCUUGGAGUUACUAGCAACUAGCAACUAGCAACAAGGCUUGGCUCAUGUGAGAUUCCACAAUUUUUCUCAAGGCAAUAGAAAUGGAUAUUUAGUAUAUAAAA